GCGGCAAUAAAAGAGCAGCCCACCUUCCCCAUCACCACGAUCGCCCACCCGUCGUCGUCGUCGGUAGCUCGACUUCCACGCGGACGCAGGAUUUCCACUUCCCUGGCUCUUUCCGCUCCUUUCCUCUUCCGCUCCAUCGUUGUGGUGGUUCCUUGCCGAGAUUCAGAGGCGAAUUCAAGAUGAGUUCCGGAGAGUUGCUCGAAAUCGAUCCCUUGGAGCUCAAAUUCCCUUUCGAAUUGAAGAAGCAGAUCUCUUGCUCCAUUCAGCUGAAGAACAAUUCGGAUAAUCACAUCGCGUUUAAGGUCAAGACGACAAGCCCGAAGAAGUACUGUGUCAGGCCGAAUUCUGGGGUCGUUCUACCACGAUCGACAUGCGAUGUCAUUGUUACAAUGCAAGCUCAGCGUGAAGCUCCCCCUGACAUGCAAUGCAAAGACAAAUUUCUUGUUCAGAGUGUUGUUAUUGAUGAAGAUGCUGCGACUAAAGACGUCACCAUUGAAAUGUUUGCAAAGGAGUCAGGAAAUGUGGUAAAUGAGGUUAAAUUGCGAGUUCUAUAUGUCCCACCACCACAACCACCCUCACCAGUGCCUGAGGGGUCUGAGGAGGGCUCAUCCCCUAGGCCUUCCUUAUCAGACAAUGGGAAUCUGAAUGCCUCAGAAUUAUUAGAUGCAACAAGAGCAUAUGCUGAUGGUAUUCAACAAGAAAAACCUUCUGAGAAUAUUGCCCUACUUACGAAGUUGACUGAGGAGAAGAAUGCUGCUGUUGAACAGAACAAGAAACUUAAACAAGAACUGGAACUUGUGAGGCGAGAAGUGAGCAUGACACAAGGUGGCUUCUCGUUGAUGUUUGUGAUCAUUAUUGCCUUGCUUGGAGUUGUCCUGGGCUACAUGUUCAAGAAGUGACUACUGCUUGCAGCUCUUUUUGAACACAUUGGUUUGACCAAUGACUUGCGCUGAGUACUCACUCAUGGGUUCUGUUUGUAGUUCUUUCGCGGUCACUCUGUUUAUGAAACUUUGUGGAUGUGUGUAGUCGUGUGUAGUCUGAGAACUAGGUAUCCUUUCCCAUUUUAUUCGUAACAUAGAAAUAACAUUGGCAUUCACACGGAUAAUUUGGUUGAGAUAGCAUAGAAAUAACAUUGGCGUUCACCUGGAUAAUUUCCUUGUGACAGUGUUACUACCAAUUAAUCUACAAAACAAUUACUAGCACAAA